GAGGCAUUUGUCAAGACAACGGCUUAACCUUGACGGAAAAUGACAGAAGUGAAUUCUGCUGAGCUCAUCUUUAUCUGUUUCAUGCUGCUUUACGGUUUUGCAGCAGCAUUGAACUGCACCAGCCCUACACCUGAAUCCUUGUUUGGUGAACUUGAGAAGGAUCUAUUCCCUAAAAAACUACUGCGACCUGUUAAUAGUUUUUCAAGUCCACUUAACCUAACCAUUAGUAUCACUGUGGUGGGAAUAAUAGGAGUGGAGGAAAAAUCCCAAUCACUGGCAACACUCAUAUGGCAAGUUCUGGAGUGGAAUAUAGAGGGACUGAGCUGGGAUGACAAGGAAUGUGGAACCUCAAGAGUCUCUGUCCCACGAGAGAAGCUUUGGAUCCCAGACGUCCACAUUGCAGAGUUCAUGACUGAGGACAAAUCUCACAAAACUCCCUAUGUCUACAUUAACAACACAGGUCAUGUAUUUGAUGAUAAACCGAUCGCAGUGAUCAGCUCCUGCAUAUUGAAUAUCUACAGUUUUCCCUUUGAUAUCCAAAACUGCUCACUGACCUUUGGAUCCUAUCUACACUUUAAUACAGACAUCAGGAUGGUUCAAGGCUCUUCAUCUGAAGAGAUCCUGGAGGAGUCCCUACAGGUUUUGAAGAACAACGGGGAGUGGGCGCUCAUAGGGGUCCAUGUAAAUCCUGACGCCCAACUGGUGUUAAGUGAGGGAAGCUACUCAGAGAUCAAAUACUAUAUCAUUUUGAGACGUCGGCCAAUCCUGUAUGUGGUGAACCUGCUGAUCCCCAGCUGCUUCCUCAUCACAGUGGACCUCUUCAGCUUCAUGCUGCCCCCCCACAGUGUGGACAGGUCCUCCUUCAAGAUGACCCUCAUCCUGGGAUACACCGUCUUCCUGCUCAUCAUGAACGACCUGCUGCCAACCACUGGGGAGACUACGCCUCUCAUCAAUGUUUUCUUCUCCGUCAGUCUCGCUCUGAUGGUGGCCAGCCUGUUGGAGACGGUGUUGAUCACUUAUGUGCAUUUCAGCUCGAGUCAGUACAGUGCGGUCCCUCACUGGCUCAGUGUCAUCGUGCUGCGAUAUCUAGCUGUCGUUGUCUGUCUCCCUCCAAAGAAAAAGAGCAACAGAGUCACUGUCGUCCUCUCUCCUGCUAAAGAAAAAGAAAAGGAUUUCAGCUUCAACAACAUCUCAGCGAUUCAUCUUCAGCGCGCCCCUGGUGAAAUAUCUCCAGAGAAACAGCCUGUGGAGCCGGCCCUGGAAGAACUGAGGAAGCUGAGCAGAGAUCUCUUGGCCAUCCGCUUCCAGGUGGACAAACACUUCCAAGGGAGCACCUCCUCUCAGGAAUGGCAAAUGAUCGGGAUAGUCAUCGACCGUCUGCUGUUCGGCUUGUACCUCGUCUUCAUCAUUGUCAGCUUCAUCACUAUUAUAUGUAUCUGGAGCAGGAGCAGCUAUACAGUAUGAUUAACCUAGUGCAGCGGUUCCCAACCUGUGGGCCGCGGCCCCCUAGUGGUCCGCGAAGGCAUUGCAAGUGGGCCGUACAGG